UUUUGAAAGGCUAUGCUUCGAAGCGGAAGUGUUUUAAUGUCAUCCUCUUUAGCGGAAAACAGGAAAAACACUGACAUCAUAAACACCGCUGGUUUAUUGUGAUCUGUGUUUGUACACUAACACUGCAACUAUAUUAUUGUCUUGACAAGUUCAUAACGUAAGCGGUCAACGCUAGCAGCGCCCAGUGGAGCUUUCGUUCGCUAGGCUAAGGCUAAGGCUAAGGCUAAGCUAAGCAUGGCCGCGAACCCUCCAGGACCAGGCUUUCAGAACAAGACCCGGGUGGCCAUCCUGGCGGAGCUGGACAAGGAGAAGCGACGGCUGCUUCAGAGCCAGUCCAUGAACAGUCCGGGGGCCAACAUCGCCCUGUCGUCCAGGCCCGGUCUGAAGGAGGCGAGGGACAGCGCGGAGCAGCAGCACAUCGCCGCGCAGCAGAAGGCCGCCCUGCAGCACGCUCACGUCCACUCGUCCGGCUUCUUCAUCACCCAGGACUCCUCGUUCGGGAACCUCAUCCUCCCGGUGCUACCCCGGCUGGAACCGGACUUUUGAACCACCAUCAUGAUUUUUGACAUUUUCUCUGGUGGAUAUUGACCCAUAAACAAAUUAUAUAUGUUCUGCCUUUCAACCAUGUCUAUAAUUUACAAUUACAUGUCAAUCCACUAGGUGGCGGUGUUUUGCCCUUAUCAGCUGGUGGCCACCGGCCUCUGUAUCCGCAGAAGAUGUUUGCGUUUGUCGUAUAAUGUGACAUACUAAGAAUUUGUAAACUAUCUUCUGUCGCAGAUUAAAGUAAAAUGUUUUUUUAA